UCAUCAUCAUCCUCUAACAUCCUCUACUGUAGCAGAUACGGCAGAGUGAACCCGCCGGAACCCGCCGGGCUCACACGGUGUUUCCGCUCCUCUACCGCUACCGGCGCCGUUAAACCGGCAGCAUUGUACCUCUUUCAGACCGAGCUUCUUAAUUCGUCUGUUUAUUUCCUGAAACACGCUCCGGUCCGGUCCUCCGGUCAGAGUCUCCGGUCCGGUCCUCCGGUCCGGUCCUCCGGUCAGAGUCUCCGGUCAGAGCGCGUCGGUUCUUUGGGAACAUGUGAUGUGAACACGGAGAGCUGGAGGAGGAGGACUCUGUGUCUUAUGAUAUAUGUGAUGGACCAGCAGAGGGCGCUACAUUCGGGUUGCCUGGUCACAGGGGUCCGCACGCCUCCAGUCCGCCGCAACAGCAAGCUGGCCAGCCUGGGACGCAUCUUUAAGCCCUGGAAGUGGAGGAAAAAGAAAAACGAGAAGCUGAAGCCGUCUGGAGCGGUGGAGAAGAAGGCAGCUGUACGACAGAAGAGAGAUGACCUCGUCAGGAGGAACCCCGGGGAGACGGAGACAGAGUCGGAUCUUGCUUGUGGGGGUAACGGCGAAGAUCCAGACACCCCGACUCAGUCUGACGCUGAGGACAGAGACGAGGAGCCCGUGGCGCCGCUGGCCAGCACCAGUGAAGACCUGGGCAGCGAUUUAGAGGCCUCAACAGUACAAGAUGUGACUGAGGAUUCGAAGACGGUGGGAGAUGCCAGUCAGAGCGAAGAUGGAGAAGACGAAAGCACCUCGCUGAGCGACCCCGGCGAUGAGCAGCCAAUGGGGAAGGUGGAGGCCGUUGAAGUGAAACAGGAGGCGACGGCGGUCCUGGCCGGACGAGCCGCCACCUCUCCUCCCCCCAAACCGCCGGUCAAACCUCUCACCAGACUAGGCAGCCUGGACUGUGCUCCUUCGGUGCCGGUUAAGAAGUCCCCAGCAACCUUACCCAGGAACUUCACUCUUCCCAAAGACUGUCACGGCUCCCUGUUGAGAGGCAGGAUCUCCACACCCACUGGGUCCCCCCACCUCGGGGCGCUGCACUCGCAGCUGCCCCCUAGCUGCAUCAUCGAGGAACUGCACCGGGCCCUCGCAUCCAAACACAGACAGGACAGCUUCCAGACGAAGGAGGCGCGCUCCUCUCUGAAGCGCCGGAUGGAUGGCCGUCUGUCCCGCACGUCCAGCACAGAGAGGGAGCCAGCCGGGGAGUCGGAGAGCAAGAAGGAGUCCGAUGAGAACAAAGAGAACUGGCGUCUGGACGAGUACCUGAACGACCAGGACAGCUGGAACGAUUCUGUGAUCUCUGGGACCCUCCCGCGGCGGGUGAGGAAGGAGCUGCUGGCCGUGAAGCUCCGGAACCGACCCAGCAAGCAGGAGCUGGAGGACCGCAACAUCUUCCCCGUCCGCAGCGACCAGGAGCGGCAGGAAAUCCGCCAACAGAUCGAGAUGAAGCUGGCCAAGAGACUGAGCCAGAGGCCGGCGGUGGAGGAGCUGGAGAGCAGGAACAUCUUAAAGCAAAGAAAUGACCAGGUAGAACAGGAGGAGAGGAGGGAAAUCAAACAGCGGCUGAACAGAAAGCUGAACCAGCGGCCGACAGUGGACGAGCUGCGGGACAGAAAGAUCCUCAUUCGUUUCAGUGACUAUGUGGAAGUGGCCAAAGCUCAGGACUACGACAGGCGAGCCGACAAGCCCUGGACCAGGCUGUCAGCUGCUGACAAGGCGGCGAUACGGAAAGAGCUGAACGAGUUCAAAAGUAAUGAGAUGGAAGUUCAUUCUUCGAGCAAGCACCUGACGAGGUUCCACCGGCCAUAGCAAGGUUUCUUCUGUGAAGAGUUGCUGAUAUCUGGUUCUGUCAGAGAAGACCUUGCACGGAGUCUUCCGGCGCCCUGGCCCACAGUUAGUGGGAGUCCUGGUAUUUGGGGUCCAGCGAAACCUUGGAGGCUAUGUCUCUAGAAAUGGAGCUGCCGGCAGACGGGGACGCAUGCGGCGAGCUCCACUUCUGCUCAGAGGAACAUCUCCUUAACCCUCACUUCACCUUGUCAGAGGAGCGGGAAGAAUCAAGGUCAUGUAUUCGCCAUAGACAAGCAAAGACUUUUUUUUGUAAACAGACUCUUUUGAAAGACGUCCUUUUCGAUGCCACCGGGGGGAAAUGUGCAUGUGACCGAGUCGACCAGUCCCACUCCAGUAUCAGUAGUCACAUCCCCGAGCCGCGUCUGAGUCUCAUCGAUUCAGCUGAUGCGUUUCAUAUCAACAGUGUAAAACAAAAACCUUGUCUGUGUCAAAGACAAAAUUCCCUUUGUAAGCACUAUUUAUUGUCUGCACAAUACAGGUUUUCAAUUUGUAACAAA